GGUAGGUCCCCCGCUAAGACAAGGCUUUUACGCCAAGUGUGACGCCAAUGAACGCAGGAGCUGGGGGUGGAGAAGUCGUCACCACCCGCCCGCGGUUCGCCGAGUUGCCGCGAGAGGGGCAUGUAGACCCCGCCUCGUAGGUGGGUGGGGAGUGGCAGGCUCCGCCUUGGUCCCUCUGGCAGGCGCCCGCCAGCGUCGCUGCGGCUCUGGUGGGGAGCGAGCGCCCAGAGCCGGGAAGGAUGAGGCGCCCGCGGCGGCCUGGGGGUCUCGGGGGAUCCGGAGGACUCCGGCUGCUCCUCUGCCUCCUGCUGCUCAGCAGCCGCCCAGGGGGUUGCAGCGCCAUUAGUGCCCACGGCUGUCUGUUUGAUCGAAGACUCUGCUCUCACCUUGAAGUCUGUAUUCAGGAUGGCUUGUUUGGACAGUGCCAAGUGGGCAUGGGGCAGGCCCGGCCCCUUCUGCAAGUCACCUCCCCAGUUCUCCAGCGCUUACAAGGUGUGCUCCGACAACUCAUGUCCCAAGGACUGUCUUGGCAUGAUGACCUCACCCAGUAUGUGAUCUCCCAGGAGAUGGAACGCAUCCCCAGGCUCCACCCCCCAGAGUCCCGUUCAAGGGACAGAUCUGGCCUGGCACCCAGGAGACCUGGUCCCGCUGGGCAGCUGCUUUUACAAGGCAUUCCCACUGGCUCUGUCCCUGCUGCCCAGCAGCGGCUUCCAAGGCCACCAAUGGGUGGGGAUGGAGCUGGGGCUGGCUCCCCCCUGUCCUCUCUGCAGGCUGAGCUGCUGCCCCCGCUCUUAGAGCAUCUGCUGCUGCCUCCACCACCUCCCCACCCUGCCCUGAGUUAUGAACCUGCCUUGUUGCAGCCCUACCUAUUCCACCAGUUUGGCUCCCGUGAUGGCUCCCGGGGCUCAAACGGCUCCCCAGGGAUGGUCAGUGUCAACCCCCUGCCUAAGGCUGAAGCUCCCGCCCUCUUCAGCAGAGCUGCCUCCAAGGGCAUGUUUGGGGACCACCCCGGCCACUCCUAUGGGGACCUUUCAGGCCCCUCACCUGCUCAGCUUUUCCAGGACUCAGGGCUGCUCUACUUGGCCCAGGAAUUGCCAGUGUCCAGCAGGUCCAGAGCACCAAGACUGCCAGAGCAAGGGGGCAGCAGCUGGGCAGAAGAUCCCUCAGAGGGCUAUGAGGAGGAACGACCAGGGAGUCAUGGGGAGAAACCCACCUCCCCAGCUGUGCAGCCAGAUGCAACACUACAGAGGCUGGCAGCUGUGCUGGCGGGCUAUGGCGUGGAGAUGCACCAGCUGACCCCUGAGCAGCUCUCCACCCUCUUGACCCUGCUGCAGUUGCUGCCCAAGGGCACAGGAAGAAAUCUGGGAGGGAUUGUAAAUAUUGGAGCUGAUAUCAAGAAAACCUUGGAGGGGCAAGAGCAGCAUCGAGACACAGCAGAGCCUCCACCCCCAACGCCUUCCCUGCCUGGAUACCCCACCUCUAAUGAAGUCCAGCAGGCGCAGGUCCCUGGCUCUUCUAAGCCUCCCAAAGCGGCCAGUCCCCCUGCCACACCUGUCCUCCUGGAGAAGAAGAGUCCACUGGGCCAGAGCCAGCCCACAGUGGCAGGACAGACCUCAGCUCAGCCAUCUGCAGAGGAGUAUGGCUACAUCGUCACUGACCAGAAGCCCCUGAGCCUGGCUGCAGGGGUGAAGCUGCUGGAGAUCCUGGCUGAGCAUGUGCACGUGUCCUCAGGCAGCUUCAUCAACAUCAGUGUGGUGGGACCAGCCCUCACCUUCCGCAUCCGACACAAUGAACAGAACCUGUCUUUGGCUGAUGUAACCCAGCAAGCAGGGCUGGUGAAGUCUGAACUGGAAGCACAGACAGGGCUCCAGAUCUUGCAGACAGGAGUGGGACAGAGAGAAGAGGCAGCCGCAGUCCUUCCUCGAACCGCACACAGCACUUCUCCCAUGCGCUCAGUGCUGCUAAGUCUGGUGGCCUUGGCGGGUGUGGCUGGGCUACUGGUGGCUCUUGCGGUGGCUCUGUGUGUGCGGCAGCAUGCACGGCAGCGGGACAAGGAGCGCCUGGCAGCCCUGGGGCCUGAGGGAGCCCAUGGUGACACUACCUUUGAAUACCAGGACCUGUGCCGCCAGCACAUGGCCACAAAGUCUCUGUUCAACCGGGCAGAGGCUCCACCAGAGCCUUCGCGAGUGAGCAGUGUGUCCUCCCAAUUCAGUGACGCGGCCCAGGCCAGCCCCAGUUCCCACAGCAGCACACCAUCCUGGUGUGAGGAGCCUGCCCAGGCCAACAUGGACAUCUCCACGGGACACAUGAUUCUGGCAUACAUGGAGGACCACUUGCGGAACCGGGACCGCCUGGCCAAGGAGUGGCAGGCUCUGUGUGCCUACCAAGCGGAACCAAACACCUGCACCACUGCACAGGGGGAGGGCAAUGUCAAAAAGAACCGCCAUCCUGACUUCCUGCCUUAUGACCAUGCCCGCAUCAAAUUGAAAGUGGAGAGCAGCCCUUCUCGGAGCGAUUACAUCAACGCCAGCCCCAUUAUUGAGCACGACCCUCGGAUGCCAGCCUACAUAGCCACUCAGGGCCCGCUGUCCCAUACCAUCGCAGACUUCUGGCAGAUGGUGUGGGAGAGUGGCUGUACUGUCAUUGUCAUGCUGACCCCACUGGUGGAGGAUGGUGUCAAGCAGUGUGACCGCUACUGGCCAGAUGAGGGCUCCUCUCUCUACCAUGUAUAUGAGGUGAACCUGGUGUCGGAGCACAUCUGGUGCGAGGACUUCCUGGUGCGCAGCUUCUACCUGAAGAACGUGCAGACGCAAGAGACGCGCACGCUCACGCAGUUCCACUUCCUCAGCUGGCCGGCAGAGGGCACCCCAGCCUCCACCCGCCCCCUGCUGGACUUCCGCAGGAAGGUGAAUAAGUGCUACCGGGGACGCUCCUGCCCCAUCAUCGUGCACUGCAGUGAUGGUGCAGGGAGGACUGGCACUUAUAUCCUAAUCGACAUGGUACUGAACCGCAUGGCAAAAGGAGUGAAGGAGAUUGACAUUGCCGCUACGCUGGAACACGUCCGGGACCAGCGGCCUGGCCUCGUCCGCUCUAAGGACCAGUUUGAAUUUGCCCUGACAGCUGUUGCGGAGGAGGUGAAUGCCAUCCUCAAGGCCCUGCCCCAGUGAGACCCCUGGGGCCCCUUGGUGGGCAGCCUGGCCUCUGUUCCCUCUUUGCCUGUAUGAGCAUUUGUCUCUGUGCCUACUCCUCGCUCCCCUACUUGUCAUGCUGGCUCUCUUGGGCAAUCUCAGCCCUUCCAAGAGGAGUGUGGAAGGAAGCCCAGACUCUCACAUGCACAGUCUGGGGCAUCCCAUGGGGCAGCCGGCAGGAAAGGAGAGGAUGAGGGCAGCAGGGCAAUUCUACCCAGGGCCUUCUCCUGCCUAAGUUCCCUGGCCCAGCUUCUGUGGCUUGGAAUGCCCCCAACGUGUCAGUGUGGACUCCCCCACACCCCAGUGUGGAUGGACAGGGCAAAGAGUCGCCAGCCCCAGCUCCUCCUGCCUUACAGCUCCUGCUGCCCAGCUUGCCUCCUUGACCCCCACUCUCGCACUCUGCUACCCCUGCCCCCACACUCAGGCCUCUUCCUGCUGCCUUCCCACCACAUGCUGCUCACCCUCUCUCCUUCUGGCACUAGAGAAUAUUUCUAGAAAAAUCUACUUUUGUAUCAAUGUGAAUAAAGUUAGUGUGUUGUCUGUGCAACUGCAA